GUCUUCUUCGCCAAAACAACAGCCAGCCAGCAGUUUACCAAACAUCUUCAAUAGCCAGUCAAAAGAUUGUCAAAACAACUCUAACAAAUAGACCAGCCAUCAUACUUAGAAAAAGUACCUCAAUUUCUACAAGCUAUUUUCAUAAUGAAAAGAAAAACGGUUACAAAACACGAGCGAAUGUCAUCUUCUGAUGAAGGUUUAUUUGAAAUCGAGAGAUUUAAGAAAUGUUCAAAAACAUUUUUGAUUAAGAAUACUUUAAAUUUUAUAGACUACACGCUUUUUUUUAACUAUGUUAGAGAUAAAUUAAUUUUAAAGUUAAAAGAAUCAUGUUUACAAUCAUCUAUAAAAUUUAAUUUACAUGUGGAUAGCGUAUACGAAAGAAUACUCACUCAAGAAGUUCGGGACAUAGCUUUCAAAACUUCUAAUACACUUGCAUGUAAUUCAUCCGAUUUCAAUAAAUUACUAAAUGGAAUGUUCAAUAAAUUAUUAUCUGAACAAGACCAGUUUUUAGCGAAAGGAUCUGGGUGGUCCCUUAAAAUUAUAGAUGUAUUACAAUUGAGAAUUAAUACAGUGAAUCCUCUCAGAGGAGGAACGUAUCUAGAUCUACCUGAAUAUAUAAAAGAUAAAAGAGCAAUUAUAAAUGUAAAAAAUAACGAUGCUAAAUGUUUUAAAUAUUCAAUACUAUCUAAGUUUGAUAAUCGAUCGAAUAAAACUUAUUUGAAUAAGAAAUAUUUUAAAAUGUUAGAAACAAAAAGUGGUUUAGAUUUUAAAUGUAUUGAUUUUCCAACACCAAUCAGUCAGAUGAAAAAAUUUGAAUGUACAAACGAUGUAUCAAUUAAUAUUUAUAGUUUAAAUGAUAAAAAACAUAUUUUUCCUUUGUAUAUUUGUAAUACUGAAAGAAAAAAACAUUUCGAUCUUUUUCUGUUCAAUAAUGAUGAAACAUCACAUUACUGUUAUAUAAAAAAUUUUUCAAGAUUCGUUAGAAGUCAGAAAACUAAAAAUUAAUGACUUAAUGACUCAGUUUAAAAGCGUUAUCUAGCGGAACAAAAUACAGCAGUAUUAUUAUUUUCAUUGAUUUAUUUACCACUAGAUGACGCUUUUUGUUUUUAUCGAUUGUAGAUAUAUAUAUAGUUUUCAAAACAGACUAAUUAGGAUCAGGAGAUCAUGUGAAAUAAUUAAUUCGACUUAAUAAAAAAACUGAUAUUUUAUUUUAUUAAAAAAUAAAUAAAUAAAUAAAUAAAUAUUAUACAUAAAAAAAACAUUAUUUUAAAAUAUCUGAUGAUGUUAUCCACGAAUUUUGACUUGAAUCAAAACCUAACCAUUUAACAAACAUUUUAUUCCCAACUUUUUUUACAAUACGUUCAAUGAGAAAGGUGUUUGGAAAAUCAGUUAAUUUAAUUUCCUGUUCAUAAAAACCACCUAAAAUUACACUGCCUGAUUCAUCCUUUAGUUGAUAAGUAACUGGAUUUGUCUGUAAAACUUUUGAAACUGUAAAUAUUUCCGUUGUCCAAUUUGGUGUAUAUCCUUUAGUAAAUAUAUGUUUAUACUUAGAUAUUCGUACUUUAUCGUUAACUUUAAAUUUUGGUUU